AUGUUUGACAAGUUCCCGGAUUUGUUACUGAUCGACGCAACGUACAAACUCAACAAACGUAGAAUUCCGCUUUUCAUUAUUUUGAUUGUCGACGAUAACGGUGAAUCAGAAAUCGCUUGCUUGUGGUUCAUCAAAAGUGAAUCGAUCGAAUGUAUCACACCAAUGAUCGACGCAUUCAAAGAACUCAAUCCGAGUUGGGUUCGCACAAAGGUCAUAAUAAGUGACAAAGAUUUGGCCGAACGUACGGUUUUCUCACAAAUGUUCAACGGCAUCCCAAUUCAAAUUUGUCUUUUCCAUGCACUGAGAAACUUCAACAGGGAAAUCACAACUGUGCAACGCGAACUGGUGUUGGAGCUAUUGUCGAAAAUGGCAUAUUCGAGAAGCGUGUCCGAAUACGAAAUUCUCUACCGCGAAUUGGUCGAGAUGAAAGUGCCGUUGGUCAUAGAGCAUUUCAAUACAAAUUGGCAUCCCACAAGAUCUGCAUGGACGCUGCACGGAAAAAAUGAAUGGAGCAACUACAUGAGUUACACGAUCAAGCAGAAAGACGCAAACAUAAUCACUACGUAG